GUGGCAACAUGACGCAUCAUUGACAAAUAUUUAAGUUAUAAUCCACAGAUUAGUGUGAAACUGCCGCAUUUGUUGUCUGACCCCAAAAGGCAACACAUUCCAACAGAGAGCACAAGAAAACAACAUUGAUAUUGGCGCAUCUUACAUUUGGUUGUGAUGUUGUUUCUUUUUGUGGCUUCUGCCCUGAUAGUUGGUGGAACAUCCGUAACCAUCCAACUAAAUGCUUCACAGAAAGCUCUAUGCGAUUCUUGUGGCUACCUAGUAGGACCAACAUGCUGUUCGUAUUAUGUUUGUGAUGCAUUUCUCAACAUUGCCACAUUAAAAGUGUGUCCAGAACCUCUUGUAUGGAACCAGGAAGAGUUGAUUUGUGACUGGGAUUACAAUGUAAGACCUGAAUGUCAAAAUGAUGCAGCAUGUUAUGCGGCUGGUGAAUUCAUUAACACCACGUGUCCAGAUGCUUUGGUUAAUUCUUUAGAUCCUACCAAACAGUGUUGCCAGAAUUUGGUUGUCUACACUAAGAUAGGUAGCAAUACAUAUCAAGUUGACGGUGAACCGAUUGAAGAAUGUGCUGCAGGUCAAAUUUUUACUCUUGAUGGUUGUUAUUGUGAAUAUCCAUGGGGGGCACCACGUACAUUACCAACUUUAUACUGGCCAUUUUCAAAUGGAUUUGUGGAAGUGCAUCAGAACGUGUAUACAGACUCAGGUAGUGCUGCCCUUAAUAAUCUAACAGGAAAACGUGAUGACUAUGUGAGCUUUACUGGUGGAGAGGCACCAAUACAUCUUCCAGCUUUUGUAAAUGGUGCACUUGGAUCAAAGGUGACUUUGAUAUUCUUCGGGAGAUUUUACGACUCUGGCCCCUGGGUAUGGUCAGAUGACUGGGCCUUAUAUGGCAGACGAAGAGGAAUCGGCAGCAGAAGGAAAAGACAGCUUGGAUUAGGUGGUAUUCAGCCUCUUGGUGGAGGAGGAGAGGAGGACGAAGAAUUUGAUUUUUCAGAUUUGGAUGGCAGCAUUGUUGCUACUAAAGACGAUGAUGACUCGUUGCGAACGUUAGCUGGCGGGAGUCCAAGAUGGAAGCUGUAUGGUGUUACAUGGUGUGAUGGCGUGCGUACUGUCUACAUAAAUAACAGAAUUAUUGGAUCUUUUACAUCAUUUAGCAAUGUUGAUGUUCAGUUGGGAAAAAGUGGUCUGAACUUUGGAGGACAGGGAUUUGAGGCAGAUAUGGAUGAGAUUCUCAUUGCUCCAUGGUGUUUCGAACACAGUGAAAUUAAACAGUUUUGGUCAGAUGGAACUAUUCCACAGCAACCUAUCCCUGAGAUCUAUCAGGGGGCGCAGGGGAAAUAAACACCAGAAUCAGGAAUAGAAUCAUGGAACUCUUUGCUGAACAAAUACUACGCACAAAAUAUAACUUGUGAACUAAUUUUCAAAAGUGUUAUCUUGAGAAUAAUGAUAUAUAAGGAAAUAUUUCUGCAUAGCAUUUGUGUAGCAAAUGUGAACUUAGAACCUCCGAGCGGACAUGAACUGAAACAACAUCUCAAUACUAGUAAAAGGACUUCAACUUUAUCUUAAAUGUGAAAUGUGAUACUUGGUACUGACAUAGGGUCAGAGUCAGUACUGACUUUCACAUACACAAUCAUAUCUAAUCUGCUUUUGUUAUAUUACUGGAAGGCAAAAACAUUAACUCAAAUGGACAGGACUUGAUCAGAUGACAUUCAGUAAUAUAAUUAUUUCAGAUUUGGUAUUAGGUUUUUCCAAAUUUUUCAAUAGCCUACUAAUUUUCAUGUGUAUUAAUAAAUGAUAUAUGAGCAUAGCCAA